AAUAAUAAUAUUUAAGGGCUAUGUAACAAUGAACCGACAAAGUCAAGACAAAAGCACACUAAGUAAACGCCAGGGAGAAGAUAAUAAGGUCAAGUGAGCUCACCAAUCCUGGAGUAGCUCUUUUUAAAUUUUGUGCCUUUAUUCCUGUCUUUCCCUCCAUGUUUACCUUUUCCCCUUCUCUUCCUUUUUUCCUUCCAUCUAUCUAGCUGUCGACUGCAUGGUCUCAGAGUGGACAGAGUGGUCAGAGUGCAACAAGACCUGUGGUAAAGGACACACCAUUCGGACCCGUAUGAUCAAAGUGGAGCCACAGUUUGGAGGCAGCUAUUGUCCUGAGGCCAUCCAGAGGAAGAAGUGCAAGCUCCGGAAGUGUCGGCGAAAACCGAUUAAGGAGGAAGAGGUGCCAGGUUGCAGGAUGCAGCCGUGGUCUAGCUGGACAGAGUGCACCAAACCGUGCGGGGGAGGGAUCCAGGAGCGUUUCAGGGUGGCAAAGAAAAGAACAAAGUCCAAAGGCUGUAAGGACAGGAAGGAGAUCCGUGCCUGUAACGCUCGGGAAUGCUAGGGGGCACUGCUAAGCUACAGAGAGGCAGGGAGGUGUGCAGUGGAUUAAACAUGAAAAUCAGAAUUCAUUAAAAACAGUGGUGACAGAGAUUGAUUUUUUUUUUUUUAUGUAGCUGGGAGGAGACGUACAGGAUUAUUAUGGGUUAUUAUUGGAAAAAUCUGAGGAUUUAAGUAAGGAUUUAAGAAAGGGAAGGAAUAAGAAGAAUAAGACAUAAUGACAUGCUGUUUUAGUGACGAUUUUGUGGACAUUUAGUUAGCUGGGUUGAUUUAUUUUCCUUUUAGAGCAUAGUGGAAGUAUUAGAGAGAAAGCCUGUGUCCUGCAAAAAAAAAGAAGAAGAAGGAAACCUAACGCUAAAGUAACCUAAUACAUAUUUUGCAACAAACUUUAACUUUUUAGUUGGGUUUUGUUUACUCCUAGUAGGAAAGUAUUUUCUGUGUAUUUUCACCAAUGUCUCCCUGUCCUCUGCAGCACCUACAAAACAUUGAUUUAGCUACUAAAAAAUCAGGAGCUGAGCAUUUUAAUGAAAGCUGGAUACUUUUAAUGUACUGUUUAUGUAAAGGCUCUACUGGGGAGAAUUCAAAAUUAGCAUUAGCUAAGUGGAUUACAUGCUCUGUAUUGGAAAUAUGUUAACCUGCUUUGUCCCCAUUAAGAUGCCUCCUAUAACACUACCAGACAACUUUAAUCUGACCAUUAAAUGCCAUAAUACUGUGAUACUACUUUACUUUGAUUUAGUGUUUCAUCCAGUGCUACUGUAAUAUUAAGAUUUCUUGCACAGGAAAAUAUUAGUUCAGUGAGAGCUAUUAUACUCAAAAGAAUAUUAAGUACAUCUGUACUAUAAGGUCAGACACAUGGUAACAGGAGGAGCAGGGUGGAGAGCACAAAGCAGCUUGUAGUGACAGUGGAGAAGCUGGAUGGAUGAAUGUGUAGAAGGGAAUCAGCCGGGAUUGUGACCGAGUGUGAAGUUGUGAUCUGUCUGGAGUAAUGCCAUGUUUAAUUAUUACUCUUAGUUUGUGUGGUAAAAGGAUGCAACUUCUACCUGGUUGGCUGAGGGAAAAUGAAAACUACAUAAAAGACAAUGAGAAAACGCACUGAGUGGCUCUGUUCAAAAAGCACAAAAUCCAUCUUCUAGUGUGUCUAGUUCAAUGACGCAUCACUCAUUAUGUAAAAUGUUUAGUGCACACCAGUUUCCACUGGGCUCUGUGAAGGGCUAUUUUUUGGACAUGUGCAGUCACUGUAAGGGUGACAGUGAAACAGCAAUUGCAUUGCAGAGCCAGGAUAAGUCUUCCCCUUGCUUUCAGACUUCAGGCUAAACAAACUAAGUUGGUUCUCACAAAUAUCAGAGGAUGAGUUUAUACAUCCAACACAAUUGGAUCAGUGUAAAAGAAGCCUGUUUCUCAAAAUGUUAAUGUGCUACUCCAGUGUUAUUGUUGUAUGAAAUAAACUUAACGUCAGAUAAUGGAAACAGAAACAUUUUUAGGAUGUAUUACCCACUGCUUUAAAAAUGAGCUUCGGUUCUAGUGAGAAAAAAAUCCCACGGAUUGAAUAAUUGACUGCAAACUAACUGUGAAAAUCUUCUUCUUCUUUUUUUUUGCAAGACAUAGAUGGUAACACAGAAGUCUCUAAAAAUCUGAGGAUAUACGUACAUUCACUAUCUAACCAACACAUAUAAAUGACACUGCUAUGUAAUUACUAAAAACCACUUUCCUUAUGAACAGACCAUUUCAGUGGAGAUGUUUUAUACUGUUAAAAUGAGUCUUUAUAUACUGUACUGCUGUUUAUCUGUCAUUUCAGCUGAUGUAGCAUCAAGCCUGCGAUAGCUCUCAUUCUGUCAGAAGAGUUUAUUUUAGCAUGUUCAGAGAUGAUUAUGUUUUAUUUGGACAUCACGCUUUAUCAGCUGUAGUUGCGGUCGUAAAACACUAGCGAAAUGACUGUAUCUGCUUUGUUCAGACGGAGCCUUAGAAGUGUCUUAGACAUCUUACACAUCUGCUGGCUGUAAAAGGCAUAUGUACUGUAGAGGAUAUAGAAGUUUCUACAGUAUUCAAACCUGUAGGAUAGAUCAAUGUACAGCAGACUGUUACUGGGACCUUGGUUACAACACAUUUUUCCCAUGUAUUGUUUUUACUGCGCUUUGUGAAGAUAAAAUCGAUCUGUAAAAUCUUUUGGGGAUUUUUUUUUUUUUUUUUUUUUUUGCAUUACUUAGCAGAUUUUGUUGCAUUUUUUUUAUAAGAAUGUCAACACAAAGGUGUGUUUUCUGAAGAUGUUUUCUCUGAAGUCACUUUCUUUUAUUUACAGGGCUCUUUCUUUUGUUUCUUUAUGUCUGUACCAUGUGACUCUUUUGUAAGAAACCACCUUUACAAUAAAAAAAAUGGUAAAUGUGA